AUUUCUGCCAUUUGUGACCUCUCCUCGGCUGCUGAAAUACACUUUUUUUUUUCCUUUCCAAUCUGCAAGAGGCCUUCAAAUAAUAGCAUUACCGCACUUGGCUAAGUCUGGAUUUCUUUACCCCAAAGCAGCCCGGAGAGAUUCGGUCAGCUGGUGCCACAGGCAGCUCCUCGGACCAGUGCUCAGCCUCCAAGUGUCAGAGAGCGAUAAAGGGAGAUGGCCCGAGAGAUAGCCGCUGGCUCUGCGCGGAGGGAAGCCGCAGCCUUUGGCACCCCGAGAUAACCCGGUCCCCCCGUGCCGGGCGCGCGCACCCCCAGCCUCCCCGCCCGCCAGCAGGACAGGAACCGGGGCUGCGGCUUCAACGUUUCCUGUUUGACAGAAAGAAAAUGGGCGAGGGAGCUGCACCGUGAAGUCUCUGGCACCACGAUGACAGUGGCAGUGCAUUUGCACCCGACAGCCCCGCGCUCGCCCUGCUGCUCCGCGGUGGCCGAGUAGGAGCCGGGUAAGUGCCCACGGCACCGGGCUGCCAGCGCUGCCCUGCUCAGCGCCGCACACCUUUUUUCCACUUUUUUCACCCCACUCACAGCCUACAUGACUGACACGGGGAGGCUGUAACAUGAACCGGCAAGAAACAAUUUUUCUGUUUGUUUCCCUUGAAGCAAGAAACGUUAACAACUUGGAAAGCAAAGAUAGAGGACACGUUUGUUAAUUAGAGAGGGUGAUUUGGGGUAACAGAAGAAGGAAAUAAAGUAUUAGCUUGUCAAGAAGGCCUCAACAGUUUGCUCAGCUUGGGGACAAAGUCCGCAGGGCUGUGGUGGUGGCCCAGCAGCGCAGCCCCAGCAUGAUCAGCCCUCCUGAGCGGGCCCGGCCACGGCGUGCGGGCGAGAGCUACGAGGAGAAGUGCGAGCGGCGGCACGAGACGCGCGAGGCCUUGCGGCGGCGGAGCCACCCGCCAAGCUGCCGCCGGCCCGGGCGGGCGGCGGAGGAGCUGCCGCAGAGCCCAAGGCAACGCGAGUUCCUCCGGAGGAGAAACCUGUCGAGCACCGCGGUGGGGGCUCCCGGGGGCCCCCAUGCGCGAGGUGACCCCAGCCCGCCUGGCCUGCUGCAGGUAACGCCAGCCCCGCGGGCAGCUCCGUUCCUCCGGUGCCCGCUGCAGCACGGCGGCUGCUCGCCAACUGCAGCUGCAUUGAGACCCAAGCCAAAGUGCGAAGUGAGAAUGCACCCACAAAAACCUCGCGUUUCCUUACACACUGCGGAGUCAGGCAAGGGUAAACAGUGAUGCCUCCCUCCCAGUGCGUUCCUUUCCUGUUUUCCAAGCUAAACUUGAACCAGAUGGAGUGUUACUGCCAUUCCUCUAAAUACAGCCCCACGUCCUAGCUGCCAGACUAGUUUUGCACUUACAUAAAUUACUUUUCCCUCAUGAAAACUGCACUCUGAACACCUGGCUUCCCCCAGCACCUUCUUUAUCGGGAGCGAGGACGCUCUGUGGUCCCACUGCCUGCCCAGUGCUGCCCAGCUAACGGCAACCCCAAGAGUCAGAAUAUUUACAGAAAGGUGCGAUGCAAGACACCCCAGAGUCAAACAGAUUCCCUUCUAAAUUUGUAUCCCGUGCAAAAUGAAUAAUUCCCCUGGCACGGUGCAAGUUCAUCCUAGGGGCUUUGUGAACUUACGCUAGCAGAGACAGUGGAAGGCGAGGUGCCGGUGGGACACCAGGACACCCUCGAGCUUCCCUUGCAGCACAUGGGCACGGAGAGCAGUCACCUCCAGCUGCCACUUGGCUCAGGGGUUUAAUCGCACACCAGGCAGCAGGAACUCAAGGCAGGCGUUCAUACACACACAGCCCCUGUGCAGUUUCUGUCCAGGACUCACUGCCAUGGGGUGCAGAGCUCUGCUCCAUGGCAGCCAGGACCCAGCCCCUGCAGGUCCUCAUCCUUUCCAAAAACAUCAAGGCACUUUAGGGUUCCUUGUCCUGGUCCACCCAGCAGGCUUUCACCUGCUCCCCUACAGAGUUUUGGUGCUGCUGCAGCCAAACCAGCACGUCCACAUGGAAACAGCCCUGGUUUCUCAGCAUCUCUUUGAUACUCUUCCCUGGCCACUGGAGGUACAAAUCCUGACCCAGCCACAACUCCUAGCCCUCUGUUUCAGAGAGACCCUGACACAAGCCACCCUCUUGUUCCAGCGCCCGUGGAGCCACCCCGCGUACCCCCCCGUGCUCUCCCCGCUCGGCCUCGGCAGCCCCCUCGAUGUUUCGGCAGAAGCCACCCCUGGGCCACGCGUCUUCACGAACACCCAAGGAACUCAGACGCUCACAAGCACAGUGGUGAAAGACUCGAGCCAGCAGACAGACUGUGGAACAGCGGUUUUAAAUAAGGAAAUCAUACAGCUGUCCAGCUACCUGAAGGAGGCCCUGCACCGCGAGCUGCUGCUGAAGCAGAAGAUGGUGAUCCUGCAGGAGCUGCUCUCCACGCUGCUGCAAGCCUCCGAAAAAUCCUGGCAGGGUCAGCUGAAUGAAGACAAACUGAAGUGCAAACUAAGGGCCCUUGAAAAUCAGCUGCAGGCCUGCACCCAGAGUUACUCAAAGGAGUGCGUGAAGAAGAUCCUGAUAGAGAUGGAGGACCAGAAGCAGACCUACGAGCAGAAGGCAAAGGAGGCUCUUCAGAAGAUGCUCGAGGACAAACUCCAAGCAGAGCAACAGCUGCAAAACUCUCAGAGAUGCCUGGAGGUGACGAGGGAGGACCUGGCCCUCUGGAAGGUGCACUACACCACGCUGAAAGCCGAGUGGACCCAGAUGACCAAGACGCAGAGCGAGCUCGAGAGCAACCUCCACGUUCUGCAAAGCAAACUGCAACACACGGCGGCGCAGAACGAGCAGCUCCAGCAGGCCCUGGACCGCCUGCAGCAGGAACACGCCGAGCUCCAGCAGCGCGCCAGCGCCUUGCAGGAGGACAACCAGCUCCAAGCCGAGCACAUCAGCACCAUCGAAGGUAAACUGCAAAAAGAACAAAAUCAGAAGCUAACAUUACAAAGCCAGAAGCUAUCCUUGGAGGCAACGAUCAGCCACUUGCACAACUUGAUGCAGAACCAGACCAACGAGCGGAAAAUGCAGGAAGCGAUGGUGCAAAGGAAAGAUCAGGUUUUCACCACGCAGAGCCCACCUCUCACUCCUGCCAAGGAAACACAAAAUGCUCUGUUAAAGCACCCUGAGGAGGAGGCAGAAGAAAGCCUGAAGGCUGAGAUACAGAAAAGGACAUCCCAGCUUACAGCAAAGGAGAACGAGGUAUAUGUGGGCACACAGGUGGCAGACGUGAAAAUCCCCCAUCACCAGGCUGCCCGUGCACAGGCGAAGAGUCAAGGCUGCUGCGGGAGCCCUGCCGGUCUCGGUGUGCCCGGCCCCGCGGGGCUCGCUCCUGCUAACGCCCCCGCUAACGUCCCCUUGCAGUGCCAGGAGCUGCGCGCCGAGCUGGAGGCCCUGAGCGAGGAGUACCGCUCCUGCCUGACCAGGCUGCGCCAGUGCCGGGACGAGCUCAACCACGUCCAGAGCAAACCGGCGAAGAGACAGCGUGGUAACUGGCUCCCUCUUCUGCUGGCAGUGAUAGCGAUGGCCAUGGCUGCCUUCCUCGCAAACUACCGACCGUGAGGCACCUUCUCAACGACUUCUGUUCAGAACUGACUUCUGCUUCACCAGCAGCAACGAGCGAUGCACCUUCUGCUGCUCUUGCACUUACCUGGUUCAUAUCCUGGGCUGGUCUCACUCCUGGCAAACUGACACGGCUCCAAUAGACACAGGGAGAUUGCCCCUUCCCUUCACUGCCUUGGUUAUUCUUCUUCAGCUCAAGAUUGCACUGCCCAGUUCCUGCCCUGAGGGACAAAACCACUCAAACUGACACUCAAACAGCUCAUGGGGGGUGGGAGAGACAGGGCAGCAGGAACCCCUUGUCCCGUGUGUUUGGGAACCAUGUAUACAUGUUUAGAGAAGUACUCAAUUCCCUUCAUUUAUUGUCUCUGUGCAUGGGAAACACAGAACCCUGGACCAUUUCUUAAUGCUAUCUGACAAAGAACUGGUGCUCAGAGGGGCUUUCUAUAUCACCCCCAUGAACCACCCAUCCCAAGCAGCUUCCCCACCACCCGCCUGCCUGGCCCAAGUUCAGCCACCAUUCCUCCAGCCUGCCAGCAGCCUGUCUCAUGGCAGCAUCCCCACAGCUGUGUCCACUUCCUUCAUGGUCAGCACCACAUUAAUUCAAUAGACAGUGUUUUUUAUCCCCUUUCGGAGCUGUACAGCCAGUUUUAUGGCAGCACCCAUCCCUUGUUCAAGUGCAGGCUCAGCUGAGGUGUGUGAGACCACAUCAUAGGAGUACUAAAUACAGCACGGAGCCUACAAUAAACUUUUUUUU